AUGUCCCAGAUCAAUUCUGCGGCCAUUGAGGCCCUUCGAAGCAGACUAAAGAAUGCAACUAUCUAUACACCCGACUCAGAGGGUUAUAAAAAAAGUUUAAUCCGCUGGUCGGACACAGGAACAAAAUAUGCGGGAAUCGUAGUCCAGCCAGUUGACGCAGCUGAUAUCUCAGCUGCACUACUAUGGGCACAAGAGAAUAGUCUUGACCUCGCCGUGAAAGGCGGAGGCCAUUCAACCGCCGGCACAAGCUCGAGCGACGGCGGUCUAGUCAUCGAUCUGUCGCGCAUGAACCAGGUGACCGUAGAUGUUGCGAAGAAGAUCAUCACCGCGCAGGGUGGCGCUACAUGGAAAGAAGUCGACGAAGCCGGUGCAGUUCACGGUCUGGCCGCCGUCGGUGGCACUGUGAACCACACUGGCGUCGGUGGACUGACCCUAGGAGGUGGUUAUGGCUGGCUGAGCGGCCAGUACGGCCUCACCAUUGACAAUCUACUGUCUGCGACCGUGGUGUUAGCCGACGGCAACAUCGUCACAGCCUCUGCGACCGAGAACACCGAUCUGUUCUGGGGCCUGCGGGGCGCUGGGUAUAACUUUGGUGUGGUAGUAGACUUUACCUACCAGGCCUAUGAGCAGAAGGAUCCGGUAUUCUCUGGCAUCCUUGGCUACACGCCUGAUAAGCUGGAAGAAAUCAUGGAUGCGCUCAACGAGUCACUUGCGAAUCCCGACGCGCGCUUCGGGGCAAUGUGCAUCUUUGCCUUGGGACCUGAGGGCGCUGAACCGAUGGUCCUCGUCCUCGGUUUCUUCAAUGGCUCGCAUGAGGAAGGAGAAGAGAAAUUCGCCAGUUUCACUGCUCUGAAGCCGGUCCUGAACACCCUCGACAUGAUCCCGUAUUCGAUGGUGAACACGCUGCAAAACCCGCAGGCGACUUACGGUGAUCGCAAAUCUUUCAAGGGAAUUUUCUACGAGCCGCCGUUGGACCCUAAGUUUGCGAGGACAAUCUUCAAUGACUUCAUGGCGAAGAUCCAGGCUGAGGAAGAUCUGACGAACUCGGCCAUUAUUCUGGAAUUUACCGACAUGCGUAAGAUCUGCGAAGUGCCUCUGACUGCAACGGCACUGGCAAGUCGCAAUCCGACCCAGAAUGGCAUUAUUUAUCUUCGAUGGACCGAUCCAUCCCGAGACUUGGAGCAUCGGGCUUGGGCACGAGGUAUCCAGGCGAAGUGGAAGGUUGAAUUGGAUGCGCGGACCAAACAUCAGGGUGGGGAGUCGAACGUGCCUCAGUAUAUCAAUUACGCUGAACCUGGUGACUCGGUGGUCAACAAUAUCUAUGGCGGGAAUCUUGAGCGUUUGCAAGGGAUCAAGGCCAAGUACGAUCCUACAAACGUCUUCCAUAAGAUGCAACCGAUUCCAAUGGGCGCAUCUGUGGAUGAAAAGCAAUAG